AUGGACCCUUUUAAAUCUUCUCCCCAAUCGCCUACCCCAGAAUCCAGGCCAAAAUUACCUGCGGAUACGAAACCCGCGGUAAUUGGUCUCUACGGAUUGCCAGGUUCAGGAAAGUCGUUUCUUUUGAAGGAGCUGAGGAAGCGUCUCAAUCAAGGUGAAUACGAAUUCUACGAAGGCUCUGACAUGAUUUCGUCCCUUGCCCCUGGCGGGCUGGAGGGAUUUCAGAAACUUGACGAGAUCGGGGCAAGUUACUGGCGAGCCCAAGCAAUUGAUCGGAUUGCUCACAACUGUCGCCAAACCGGGAAAACCGCAAUAGUCACGGGGCAUUUCAUGUUCCGAUCUGAAGGACACUACAAGGCUGUGUAUACGCAAAAUGACAUGGCCACCUACACCCACAUCAUAUAUCUGAACAUGUCAGCCAAAACUCUCCAUGUACAACGACAGAAAGAUGAGAAUAGGAAGCGCCAAUAUUUGCCUAUGCAGGAUUUGGAGGCGUGGAAGCGAACCGAGGUGGAUGAAUUAUCACGUCUCUGUCAAGAACAUGGCAUUCUCUUCUCUCUCCUGGCCGAACAGCCGGACAACCAACUUCUCACUGCCUUGAGGCUGAUACAAUUUUGUCACAGAGUUAGGACCGUGCCGAACAUGGCUCGCGUCGACGCUAGGGUUAGUGAGAUUCUGUUCGGCCAAAAUAACUUGCAAACGAUGGUUGUAGUCGACGCAGACAAAACCAUAUCCAAAGAAGACACAGGAAAGACGUUUUGGGACCCCCAGGCGCCUCUUGAAAAGUUAUUUGGCGGCCCGCUGGCUUAUUCCGAGGCUGGAUUCCUCCAGGGAGUGCUUCUGUACGAAGAAGCAGCCAAUGAAGAGAAAUUCGAGCGCAUGUGCGAUGUAGUGGCGUCCAGAACCGAGAUUCAUGCCGAGUUCAAGGCGCUUUUUAAAAGGAUAGCAACUCAAGAUCAUGUAGGCGCUGUCGUUGUGACUUGCGGUAUUCGGCGAGUUUGGGAGAAAGUACUGGAGAGAGAAGGACUGUCCCAAACAGUCAAAGUCAUUGGAGGUGCAAGGAUCUCAGAUGACAUGGUUGUAACGGCGGAGGUGAAGGCUCGGAUUAUUUCGAGACUGCAGCGCGAGGAGAAACUCCGUGUUUGGGCCAUUGGUGAUAGCCCCCUCGACCUGCCCAUGCUCGAGGCAGCCGACGAAGCCAUUGUUGUCACAGGCGAGGAGCAAAACAGGAGCUGCAGCAUGGACAGUGCGCUCCUGGAAGCCAUCCAAACCAGAGGCCUCAAAGCUCGACAAGUCUUGCUGCCGAGUAACGUCUCCCCACGACUUACGGAUGCCGUGCUUCCUCAAAUUCGUCUUAGCGACAAGGAACUUCUGGACUCUGUAUUUUCUCGUCGAUGCCGUCUACACCCACAUGUUUGGCACGCCACUGACAGGAACGCUGCAAGGUUGCUCAUGUCCCCGACUCGGGAUGCCUUGGUCGCCGGCCCGAUGUUGAGGAAAGCCCACGCCAAUGUAGGGCUCUAUCUUGCCUGGGAAUUCCUGUCAGAGGCGCUGGGGGUCGAGGAGUAUGCCAUGCGGCAUGUGCAAGGCCAUCAUGUCAUGGGUCACCGCGUCCGACAUGAGCGAGAAACCACCAUUGUUGCCCUGAUGCGCGGCGGUGAGCCUCUGGCUUUGGGGUUGAAUGAAGCUUUGCCUCUUGCCAUGUUUGUUCAUGCCGACUCUCCGGACGACAUUCGAAAGGACCAUGUUGAGAAGCAAAAGACUGUGGUUCUUGUUGACUCGGUGAUCAACAGUGGCAAAACAUUGAUCGAGUUCAUCGAACGAACGCGGAAGUUGUGCAAGGAUAUACGAAUCGUCGUUGUGGCAGGCGUGGUCCAAACAGAUGCUGUCAUGCAGGGACACGCCCUUGCCAGCGUCAUGGAAGAGUAUGGCGUUCAUAUCGGAGCGCUUCGUUUGUCGGAGAAUAAGUUUACCGGAUUCAGGGACGUCUUCGCCAAGCGAAAGAUUCAACUUGCCCCUGAACCCGGGAAACUGAUCGCCGCCGCUCACUUGAAGAAGCUUGCGCCCGAAACAGACGACGACGGCUAUGAAAAGCGUCACUCACGUUCGUACGAGUUUGAAGAAUGGGGCUAUAAGGAGGGCAAGCUUUCCAAUGUGGUUAUUAGGGUGUCCAUUCAGGCGGAUAAGGAGAGCGUUCUGAACGAGUACAACGACGUUAUUGUCGAGUGUUUUGGCGAGGGGUGCCGCGACAAGAAGACGAAGAAGGAGAAGAAGAGUGCUAGAAAGCUGUUUAGAAGCAGACGGGGCGUUGGGUCGACGUUUCGGCGGGUGUUUUUGCGCGGUGCUUAG